AUGCAGGCAAUCAACAAGAUGUUGAUGCACCGGUUUGCGCGCCAUGGCCUCUUAACGGCGGUCUUUUUCACGCUCUUGAUGACAGUGUGGUCGUUGAACUUGGAUUUUCUGAUACCAAAUAGACACAAGACCGCCCAAGAGAGGUAUCUCGAGGAAGAAAAGCGUUAUCCUAGGUUAGCCGUCCCUCUGGGUCAUGACGACCGUACCAUCCUCGAAGAUCCUCGUUUCGAAGGGGAACAAGGCAGUAAGACCCCCAGGAUAUACCGACCAUACCCAGACUAUGGCAGUCAAGAAUGGCAGAACACGCAUCGGAGUCCGUUUGUUCCAUGCGAGGGCCCACGUGGAAAGCUCCUGAAUGAGAGUUUGGAUGAUCAGGUUGGCGUCUACGUUGGCGUUCCGCAUGAGUUCCCAUCCCCUAUGUUUGGUAGCCACGAGGCCGUCGGGUUCAAUGGUCAGGUUUCCUUUGACCGCUACAUUAGAUAUGGUGCUUAUGGUUUCGGAGAGGACGAAAGUCAUGUCUCCAACUGGAUCAAGCCAUCCAAGGUCAAGUGGAGCGAAGUGGAUUGGUCAGACCUGCAGCGCCAGUGCCAUGAUCGCAAUGCCGCCAGAUACUCGCAGAAGAAUGACGGUCUCUCCAAAGAAAAACAGCAGAUCGCGCCCGAGUCACGAACUGCUGUCCUAAUCCGGACGUAUGUCGGGAAGAAGUAUACCGAGAAUGAUCUUCAGGCCAUCCGUUCAAUGAUCACUGAGCUGUCGCUACAAUCAGGAGGGGAAUACUCUGUCUUUUUGCUCCUUCACGUCAAGGACUCACAAUUCCCCAUUGACCAGGUUGAAGUACACCAGAAGGUCUUGAAAGACAAUAUCCCUGAAGAAUUCUGGAACAUGACCAUUCUCUGGAACGAGCCGAUGGUCGCGGCCCGGUAUCCAAAUCUCGACCGCAAUGUCGUCGAUGUCCAUCAUGCGCAAUGGCUGUCCGUUCAAAAUUUUGCCCUACGACAUCCCGAGUUCGACUUUGUGUGGAACUGGGAGGUCGAUGCUCGGUUUACGGGCCAUCACUAUGAAUACGCCAACAAGGUAGCCGAGUUUGGUCGGAAGCAACCGCGGCGGGGAAUGUGGGAGCGCAAUGCUCGCUUUUAUAUCCCGGCAGUUCAUGGUGACUAUGACAGUGCUUUCCGAAAGUUUGUGGAGCAGAUCGAAGACGAAGCGGUCUGGGGCCCUUUACCCAUCGGUCCCAUCCCCGUGAAGGACAGGGAGACCGUUGGUCCCUCGCCGCCGGAAGCUGAUUACAUUGGCUUUCUUCCAAUAUUCCACCCCAUCGGUACAGACUGGAUCAUCCGAAACGAAGUAUCAGGGUAUAUAGGAAACCAUACUCCCCGUCGAGCCUCAUUGAUUACACAUUCCCGGCUUUCGAGGAGAUUGUUGCUCGCCAUGGACGCGGAGAACCUCGCUGGUCGGCAUAUGGGCUCGGAGAUGUUCCCAGUCACCGUCGCACUGCAUCAUGGCCUCAAAGCGAUUACCGCUCCGCACCCGAUCUACUCGGACAAGAACUUGCCUCCGGAAAGCGUGGAUAAAUGGUUCAACUCCGGUGUCAAUGGAAGAGCUGGAAGCACAAAGAACAGCCCCUUUUCCUGGGGCCGGGAAGCCCGCUUCAGGGACAUCUCGUGGUACUAUCGCGCCAAUCUGGCCGGACGGUUGUAUUGGAAUUUUCUGGGAUGGCGCAAGGAGGGCACUGGAGGGAAGCUGUACGAGACCUUGCACGGACGGGUCUGUCUGCCGUCGAUACUUUUCCAUCCUGUCAAGGAUGUUCGACCGGACGCGGAUAACACACACUAUAAAUUUGAUUACGAGUUGGGAUACGUUGCCAUUCCGUGA